GGAGGAGCCAGGCGGUGGCGGGGACGAGCCGCGCUCCGCACGCCCCCGCCCAGAGGGGACCUGGCCGCGGAGGAGGCGGCGGUUCCUGGGACAGAGCCGCCGCGACGCGCGGAGCCCGCCCGGGAGCCGCUCCGGAGCGCCCCGACGAGCAGAACUGAGGCGUGAGGCUCCAUAAGUGCCCCCAAGUGGCUUCAAUUUCUGUCCUCAACAAAAGAUAUCAAAAGAAAUGCAGGAAUGCCUGUCCUAGAAAAAAACAUGCAGAAGAAAGAGAAAGAUACUUGCAGUAAAGAUGAGACAGCAGUGCCAAAACUUCCAGUCCCACCACUACAACAGACCUUACGCAUGUACCUACAGUGCAUGAAACACUUGGUGCCAGAGGAGCAAUUUAGAAAGACCAAGGUCAUUGUGGAGCAGUUUGGAAUUGCAGGAGGCCUGGGGGAAUCUUUGCAGCAAAUCCUCCAGGAAAGAAGGGAAAAGACAACGAACUGGGUGUUUAACUACUGGUUGGAUGACAUGUACCUCAACAACCGGCUAGCUCUUCCAGUCAAUUCCAGCCCAGCAAUUAUCUUUGCUCGUCAGUAUUUCAAGGACGUAAAUGACCAGCUGAGGUUUGCCGCCAAUCUCAUUUCAGGAGUGCAAGACUAUAAAGCUUUACUGGACACCCAUGCUUUACCUGUUGAUUUUGCUCGUGGACAGCUGUCUGGUCACCCUCUCUGUAUGAAGCAAUACUAUGGACUCUUUUCUUCCUAUCGUCUUCCAGGACAUACCAAAGAUACACUCGUGGCCCAGAAAAGCAGCGUAAUGCCAGAACCAGAGCACAUCAUUGUUGCUUGUAACAAUCAGUUUUUUGUUUUGGAUGUUGUCAUUAAUUUCCGUCGUCUCAGUGAGGGAGAUCUUUUCACUCAGUUACGAAAGAUAGCCAAAAUGGCAGAGAACGAAGAGGAAAUGCUGCCUCCAAUUGGCCUGCUGACAACAGACGGAAGAACAGAGUGGGCAGAGGCCAGGACGAUCCUUAUGAAAGACUCUACUAACCGCGACUCUCUUGACAUGAUUGAACGGUGCAUUUGCCUGGUGUGCCUGGACAGCCCAAGCGAGGUGGAACUCAGCGAUACAAACAUGGCACUGCAACUGCUACAUGGGGGAGGCUACCGUAAAAAUGGGGCCAACCGUUGGUAUGACAAACCUAUGCAGUUUGUGGUAGGAAGAGAUGGAGUCUGUGGUACCGUGUGUGAACAUUCCCCUUUCGAUGGCAUCGUACUGGUGCAGUGCACUGAACACUUGCUCAAGCACAUGAAAGAGAGCUCCAAGAAAUUAGUCCGAGCAGAUUCAGUGAGUGAGCUUCCUGCUCCACGGAGACUAAGAUGGAAAUGUUCCCCUGAAAUUCAGGCGCGUUUGGCAUCAGCAGCAGAAAAACUCCAAAGGAUAGUAAAAAAUCUGGACUUCAUCGCCUACAAGUUUGAGAACUAUGGAAAGGAAUUUAUUAAGAAACAAAAGAUUAGCCCAGAUGCCUACAUUCAAGUAGCACUUCAGCUGGCAUUUUACAGAUGCCACAGGAGACUUGUCCCUACCUACGAAAGUGCUUCCAUACGCCGAUUUGAUGAGGGCAGAGUUGACAAUAUUAGGUCUGCUACCUCAGAAGCAUUUGCUUUUGUAAAAGCAAUGACUGAUGACAAGACAGCUCUAUCGGAUUCUGAGAAGAUGCAGAAAUUUAAGGAUGCAAUUGCAGCUCAGACUAAUUACACUAUUCUGGCUAUUACUGGAAUGGCAAUAGACAAUCACCUGCUAGGGCUCAGGGAGGUGGCACGGGAACACUUCAAGGAACUGCCAGAGAUAUUUACGGAUGAGACAUAUUUGACAAGCAAUCGAUUCAUCCUCUCGACCAGCCAGCUGUCCUGCAGGCAUCAGCUUAUUCUGGAAGAGAUACCAGACUGGAACACUGUAGAGCUGGUAGUCAACGGGGAGAUGGUAUUUCGCUGCAACAUCAAUGACCUGGAUUUUGGAGGUGAUGGCAAGUUGGAUCCACUUUGUGAAGAAGCCAGAAAAGCAGUGUUAAACGCAUACUAAUUUACAGGGACUGAUUUCCCUCUUACCUUGGUUUUCUGUCAGGCAACUUACUUGCAUUACAAAGGUAUUAGAAAUGUCAGGAUGCAGUUGGUUCUUUACACUUCUAGGUCACUUAAUGAAGCUCUAGAUAAUCUUACUUGUUACACCCAUGUGUCAACCAAAUAAGAAUACACUGCCUUUUCCAGAACCAGUCAUAUGUUACCACCUUGACUAUUACAAAUUCACGUAGAACUGUGACUUGCAUCUAGUUCUAGUAGUUUGAUUUCCCUUAAAAGAAGAAUGAAACUCCUGGAUAGCUUUCAUUCUUUCAACUUUUAGAAAGUUUCCUAUGUCAAAGAUAGUAAUUUCAAAGUCAUUCAUAGCUGAUGAUCAAUCCAUACAUAUUCAUACAGAUGUGGCAGUUCCCCUCUUGGUCACAAAUGUCUCAGAAAAUAGCUCGUGCAUCAUCAGACACAGCCCAAAGGUACAGAGAGAAAGAAGUUAGCAUAGCCAUAAGGACGGGAAUAAAGCUGACCGGGUGUUACCACAACUGAUAUUCCAGGUAUCUCAAAAGUAAUGCUGCCUUUUCCUCUCUAUUUCCUGCCCCCCACCCCCCAAUAACUAGAGUAUGAAGCUUCUUUUUUGCUCCUGAUUUGUCAACAUAUACUCUCAACCUCAACUUAAUUUUAAAAACACUUCUGACUCGGGUAAAUUCAGCAGUUUGCAAAUAAUCAAUAUGCCAGAAUGCUGGUACCCUGAGCAAUUUUCAGUUUGACCCAUAAUUAGUUAUGAAAGAAAGAAGUGGUUAGUCUUUGCAUCCUAACGAGUGGUAUGAACAAAGAAACACAGGAUUUGCUGAGGGUCGGGAGUGCUAGGCGGCAAAGCUGCAGUUUCUAGUGCAGCUGCAGGAGAGACAGGCUGCCCAGCACAAAACCAAAGACAAAGAAAUCUGAUCACUGGGUAUCUCCUAUCAGCUGUAACCUGCAGGGAGAUAGCUGCAGUUACAAAUAACCAAGCCACGUUUACAGUGAUACUAAUCCAACACAAAAGUGUUGUCAAAAUAACACUAUCGCUAUGUCCAAAUACAGUCCCUUUCCAAUGACCUAUAGAUGACAGAGGCAUUAAACCAAUAUUCUUUAGUGAGAAAAAAUACUCGUAGUUAAAGUUGAGCAAAGCAGAAACUGUAUUGUCCCUUUUGAAGACUGAAACAUUUUUGCUUUCUACAACUCUGAUACACCAAGAUUAGAAAGUGAGAACAUUCAGACUGAACCACGUUGAGAAGAUCAAUACAAUUGAGCUUGGCACAGAUAAAAAAGGCACUUUCUGCAGCAGACAUUCCCACAGAGAGCAGACUGGGGUUUCAGCGUCUGCCCCGCUCUCGUUCCGCGGACAGCAGUGAGUUAGUUCACGCUUGCUGUGUCUCUGACCCUGUCACGACUGAGCAGGCUGUCCUGCACCACAGCCCAGCUCCAGCCUCCGGCUCCAGUGCAGCCCUCAGCACAGGCAGGGGCUGUAAAAAACCCACCCUACUGCAUUUGUCAGCGGGACACCGACAAAUGGCUUUCUGCUCUGGCAGUAAAUUGUUUAUUGGCCUCUUCGGUAAAUGCAAAUUAAUUAGACUAAGUCAGUUUAAAUAAUGUUAGUUCUGGGCAGAAUUUACUCCCCAAAAUGGAAGACUAAACUCCCCGGAUCUCUUGAGCAUGGAACGCCGUGAACAUCAUUGGAAAUGCUCCAGGCAGAUGAACUCAGCAGUGUGACUAUUUUUUAAAAAGUGUUUCAGUUUUGCUGUGUUCAGUGCCCUCUGUAACAUCACUGAGGACAUUUCUGACAUACCUUCAAGUUAGAAUGACAGGAGUUCUGUAGGGCGAUAUUAAGCCAUAAUAGAUCGACAUGUUUAGCUGGAAUAAAUACAAACAAGCUUUGAGGAACACAAGGGUGCAGGUCUGAAAGAGAAGCAGCAAACUUCAAGACAAGUAUGGGUUGAGAACAACUGCUCUGACUUUGCUUUACAGUAAUAUUAUGACCAAAUUGUGAAAGACCAGAGACAGAUGAGAAAAGAAUUUUUAAUACGACAGUGAGAUAGCUUCCAGUGAGAUAAAAAAUUAGCUCCAUCAGACAUUUUGAACACAGCCAGCUAGAAUGCAUAAAGAGAUCUUAGGCCCCAUUACUGUGCUUUUGUUACAGAAGGGAAAAAUAAAUAGAAAUUUGAAGUAGCCCUUUCAGUUUGGUACCCGUCCCCCAAACACUACCUGUGAUUAGUUACCAUGGCACUAGCAGGCAGCUGGAUAUUUGAAGGCACUGUAGUAGCCACUUGGACAAAGGCAUUUAAUUUUUUUCUAUGUGAAAUAACCACUUUUUUCCUCAAAGUCUCCCUCAUCUUUAAGGGGAUUAUCUGCCCCACAGAUAAUCAUGGCCAUUUGAAAACUGAACCUACCCUGCAAGUCCUCUCUACAGUGACUUUCAUCCAGACUAUUGUGAUAAAGUCAAAUCAGGAGGAAGAAAACAGCAGCAGCAAAUUAUUCCAGUAGUAACACCAACUAAAUUGCUGCGCAGCUUUUAUGGUUUGACUAAUUGUCUCAUUAAGACACAUUUCUGAUCACUGAAAUGGAUCUCAAGUAUUAUUAAUCACUGAAAAAAUUGUACCACUAAAGAGCCUCUCUCCCUCCUAUCCUUGGCACUCUUUGCAAUGGAAAACACACAAAGGCUCCCGUUGAUUGGAGCCCCGCUGCUGCACAGUUGGCAGUCAAACAGUACUAAUGGCACAGUAACACAAUAUAACUAAAAUAGUUUGCCUUUUAGAGUAACAAUCUCUUAUAACAUGAUUAAGCUGUAUCAUGCGCGUUUCCUUAUGUUUUGCAAAUGGCUCAAAAAAAAACCUGACAACUUUUCCAGUAAUUUCUUCAAAAGGGGAGGGAAA